GCGUAGAUAAAACCCAUCGCAGAUCUUUUCGCCCCUUCCUCAUACCACCAGCAGGUCUGUCCUCGUCGCCGACUCACUGUUUACUCGCUAUGGCCAAUCCGAUCACCUCCCGCGUCGAAUGGUCUGCCUCGCUCGACCCCACAAAGGCUCAGGUGCCGACGGAAGAGACUAAAUAUCACCGCAAGACGUCCAUUAUCGCGACGAUUGGGCCGAAUGUUAACACAGUCGAGAAGCUUGCGGAGUUGCGCCGGGCGGGUGUGAACAUCGUUCGGAUGAACUUCUCCCAUGGAGAGUACGAAUACCACCAGAGCGUUAUCGACAACACCAGGAAGAUGGUGUCGCUUGAGCCUGAGGGCCGCCCUGUUGCCAUUGCCUUGGACACUAAAGGGCCGGAGAUCCGUACUGGUUUGACGAGGGACAAACGCGACUGGCCCAUCAAGGCCGGUCAUGAGUUCCUCCUUUCUACAGACGACCAAUACAAGAAUGUCUGCGAUGACAAGGUCAUGUACGUCGACUACAAAAACCUGCCCAAGGUCACUGCGCCGGGCAAGCUCGUCUAUGUUGACGACGGUAUUCUCUCCCUUCUCGUUCUCGCCGUCGAGGGCGAUAAUGUGCGCGUCCGUGCGCUCAACAACGGCAACAUCAGCUCUCGCAAGGGCGUCAAUUUGCCCAAGACGGACGUCGACCUUCCCGCUCUGUCCGAGAAGGACAAGGCUGACCUCCAGUUCGGUGUCAAAAACGGCGUUGACAUGAUCUUCGCGUCGUUCAUCCGUCGCGCAGAGGACGUGCGCGACAUUCGCCGUGUGCUUGGUCCCGACGGCGCGAACAUCAAGAUCAUUGUCAAGAUCGAAAACGAGCAAGGUGUCGCGAACUUCGACGAGAUCCUCAAGGAGACCGACGGUGUCAUGGUGGCGCGUGGUGAUCUUGGUAUUGAGAUUCCUGCCAGUCAGGUCUUCCUCGCUCAGAAGAUGAUGAUCGCCAAGUGCAACAAGGCCGGCAAGCCCGUCAUCGUCGCCACUCAGAUGCUCGAGUCCAUGACGUACAACCCUCGUCCCACCCGUGCAGAGGUCAGCGAUGUUGCGAACGCCGUCAUGGACGGCGCAGACUGCGUCAUGCUUUCUGGUGAGACUGCCAAGGGCUCGUACCCUAUCCAGUCUGUCCUCAUGAUGGCGGAGACCUGCUUGCUCGCGGAGAAUGCAAUCUGUUACCCUGCCUUGUACGACGAGCUGCGUGACAUCACGUCUCGCCCCACGGAGACUGUCGAGACCGUGGCGUUGGCCGCUGUUGCCGCGGCGUCGGAGCAGAACGCGAGCGCGAUUGUCGUGCUUUCGACCAGUGGCAACACCGCACGUCUGAUCUCGAAGUACCGGCCUUCGGUCCCCAUCAUCACUGUUACCCGCAACCAACAGACGGCGCGCCAGAUUCACCUCCACAGGGGGUGCUAUCCCUUCUGGUACCCCGAGCCGCGUGGCAUCGAGGCCCACCAGUGGCAAACGGACGUCGAUAAUCGCAUCAGGUUCGGCCUCCGGAAUGCGCUUGCGCUCAACAUCAUCAAGACAGGUACGACCAUCGUGGCCGUCCAGGGCUGGAAAGGUGGCCUCGGACACACGAACACGCUGCGCAUCCUGUCUGUGCCGACGGACCCGGCCGACUUGGCUCAGCAACCUCUGGGCGCCAGUUAGAUAGGGAGCGUGCGCGGGAAAAGAGUAGAUGUAUGACCACUGUAAUAAUAGUAGCAAAGCUCAGGGCAAAAUCACACAUAGAAUCUGCAUUGUCGAC